AUGGGAAUAACAGCCGGAAAAUGUUGCAAAUAUAUUAGGAAAUACUUUACGAAUGGACUAAAAAAAAAUAUAUUACCAUAUUUUAUGUACUGUAAAAAUAAACCUUUUCUUAUGAACUCAAAACUAGUGCAAAAAUAUUCCUUAGAUAAGGUCCCUAAAAAUGUUCUUAACAGGUAUAUACAAGACAAUAGAAGGCUAAAAAAUGAUGAUAUGUAA